AUGUGCGGUGCCUCCUUUGCCAACAUAAUUGGCUCAACUCAGUUGCUGACACUUGUUGAUGCUGGUGUUGUAGACAUUGACCAGCCCACGCGGAGGUUCGGUCAACUGCAGGCUCUGCUCCUUACGCAUGCGUUCAGUUCGUUGUUGCAUGUUGGUGGUGGUUGUGUUGUGAUGGUGGUGUUGGAGACGGUGGUGGUGGUGGAGUGCGAUGCGGGAAUACGAUGCUUUGAUGAUGAUAACAAUGCUAACGAAAUGAUGAUGGUGAUGGUGAUGAUGAUGAUGAUGAUGAUGAUGGAGGAGUAG